AUGCUUGUUCUAAGAAGAAUAAUCGCUGCGGCGGCAGCGGCAACGCUGGCCACCACGACAUCGGCGCAGACUUACUCUCAGUGCAAUCCCCUCCAUCAAACAACAUGUCCUGCCAGCACCGCCCUUGGUAUGGCCAUUCACGUCGACUUCACCCAAGGCGCCGUCAACUCCUUUGCCGCCUCCGGUAACCCAACCUACAGCCGAGACGGUGUCACCUUCUCAGUCGCCUCCUCAGGCCAGGCACCGCAGCUCAUGUCUCUUUUCUACAUCAUGUUCGGCCGCGUCGAAAUUACCCUCAAGGCCGCGACCGGUGCCGGCAUUGUCAGCUCUCUCGUCCUGCAAUCCGACACCCUCGACGAGAUCGAUCUCGAGUGGCUCGGCGCUGACCCGACCGAGGUGCAGUCCAACUACUUUGGCAAGGGUGACGUGACGACCUACAACCGCGGCCAAUUCCAUAAGACGGCGAACAAUCAGGAGAGAUUUAUGAAGUACACCAUCGACUGGACAUCGGAGCGCAUCGUCUUCACGGUCGACGGCACCGUCGUCCGCACCCUUACCCAAGCCGACGCCGACGAGAACCAAUACCCACAGUCACCAAUGCAGGUUAAAUUCGGCGCCUGGUCCGGUGGUGACCCCGCCAAUGCCCCAGGCACCAUUGACUGGGCCCGCGGCCCGACGGACUUUUCCAAGGGCCCCUUCAAGAUGGUCGUCAAGGAUGUCUCCAUCACGGAUUACUCGACCGGCAAGGAGUACAAGUACACCGAUACCUCGGGCAACUGGGGCUCGAUCCAGGCGGUCGACGGCAAGAUCAACGGCAACCUGGGCAAGGCCGGCCAGGUCACAGUGACGGCCAGCGCUGCGGCCGAGACGGGUUCUCCAGCCCCGACGGUCCCGGUGGGCGGUAUCGGCUCCGAUGCGUCAGCCACCCUUACGCAGACCGGCUGGCCGUGGGUUGCCAGCGCGAGACCUACUGGUGGAUCUGUCCCGAAUGGCUGGCGCAUGACGUCCGAGGGCAAGAUCAUUCCCGACGCUGGAAACUCCGUCCGGCCCCAGCUGGCCGUGCUAGCAUCUUUUGUAAUUGGUGUUGUCGCCCUGGUCGGGCGAUGA